AUGGCGCUUGGGUGCGGAAACCGUUUUUUCUCUCUCCGCCCUUUGUUUGGCAGUAAGGGUAAAACGCGUAUCCCAGGCUCGACCAGCUCGAGCCGGAACAGAGGCCGCUUCAAACAAUAUAAAAUUUCCCCGGGCAAGCUCGCACAGCCCAGCCUCAGCAUCGAGGAAGAAGUUCAGAUCACUAUCGGCCAGGUUGAAUACCUCUUGAUACCACACCCGGAGGUUAAUUUUCUCGACUUCGAGAGUAGUAAUAACGAUCCUACUUUGGCACUCGUCUACAUAACCAAGCCAGGUCAAACCAUUUCGGGAUCAGCCCUCCGUCAGUUCCGUACCGAUACCCUGGAUCGAGACGAUGUGUUUCAACCGGAAUUCUUUAGCAAUGUUAUCUUCUACGGUUGUAAGGAAGCGGAGUUCUGUUUAGAGCCUGAUGCUCGUGAAGAGCUAGCCACAUGGAAUACAGACACUUGGUCAUGCAUUGAAGGAAAUCCCACGGCAAAAGCUGCACCAGGACCAUACGUUUUCUCAAGGGGGAGGACCUGGCAACCAUGGAGAGUCUAUCGCGAUUCCAUCACUCUCGACCCUCCUCAGGCCGGUACCGAUGGGAGAGUCAUCGUACCAUCCCGUUGCUACUACAAACCGUGCAAGGAGCGUCCCCUUGACGGAGCUAGGAUCAGCGUCAAAGACAACAUAGACAUCGCAGGUCAUAAGACUACCCUUUGCAACCGCGCAUGGCAAGAUCUCUAUCCCGCAAAGACCCAGCAUGCAAAUUGUGUGCAAGUUCUUAUAGAUGCAGGGGCCGUUAUCGUGGGCAAAUCAAAGCUACAGGCUAUGAUUAUGCGUGAGGAACCCCUGGAGGCGGUAGAAUUCACAUCCCCGUUUAACCCUCGUGCCGAUGGGUAUCAGGUACCGUCUGGGAGCAGCAAUGGAAGCGCUGCAGGAAUUGGUUCCUACGAAUGGCUUGACUUCUCCCUUGGAUCUGAUACAAACGGAAGCGGUCGUAAACCCGCGCAAUACAACGGGUGCUUUUCCAUUCGCCCAUCAACAGGGAUCAUGAAUACGGAUGGUGUUGUCGGUCAAUUUCCAAAAUUUGACAUGCCCGUGUUUUUCGGGAGGGAUCUCUCCAGAUUCUCCGACUUCAUUUCAGUGUGGUACGGAGAUUCUCCGGACCUACGCAAACCAUCCAGGUUCCCGGUCAGAAUUCUCUACCCUCAUGAUUAUCUUCCGACUACAAACGCAGAACAGUCCCUUCUCAUCGACCGGUUUAUUCAAGGUCUCGAAUCCGCUUUGGGCGUGAAGCGAGAGGAGAUAUCUCUCGCCGAAGAAUGGAAACGAGAUUGUCCCGAUGGAAAGGAUAAUGACGAUAUUGCUGAGUAUCUCAAACUGGCUGGGGGUUAUCCUUACUAUCACGAUUCAUACCAUCACUUAGAUGACUUCGGGAAGGAUUACAAGGAGAAGUACGGGAAGGCACCCUUCGUACAUAGAGCUAUGCACUGGCAGUGGGAUAUUUCGAAGAAAAUCACACGAGAGGAACGAGAUAUGUAUUGGCGCCGUUCUGAAAUCUACCGGCAAUGGCUCCUUGACAAGAUCUUCAAGGCGGACUCAAAAGACUCCAUAUCAAUCAUGGUCUUCCCGAUUGAGGAGGGAAGGCCAAACUACCGCGAUGUGGAACCAGCGCCAUUCUCCAUCUUAAGUGGUUAUGCGUCAUUAAAUAUGUCACCUAUGAUGCGAGCACCGGAGCUCACAACCAUAGUUGGUGAGAUACCAUUCAAUUCCAUUGUCACAAAGCAGGAAGAGUCAUUGCCGAUUGCAGCGUCCGUCAUAGGCGCCCCAGCUGGGAAACUAAAUUGUGAACCGGGAUUAUUCUUGCAGGAACGGACCUAA